CGGGAGGCCUGAAUACUGUUGUUGCUGUGUGUCGGCGACGUUGACAAAAAAUUGGAGGUUAUGCGGCGCUGAGGUUCUUGGCGAACGAUAGUUGUGCGACGACGAUGCAAGCGAAGAUCGGAGGAAAACCGGGAGAAAAAUCCAGCUAGCGACGCGAGACUGCCUGCUGCAGUCAAGGCCCAACGGCCACAUGGAGCUCUCUAGGCGCGUGCGAGCCGCGAGGUGCAUCGCCACGAGAGAAGGCGGGCCCGAGAGCACACGGAACAACCUGAGAGAUCUCUGCCCGACUAUAUACGUAUAUAUCUGACGGCCGAGUGGGGUGGGGUAGUCCCCCUCCAUUCCGCGUGCUUUAUUGCCCGCCCAUAGCUCCCUCGCUCGUCAAGCCAGGCUGCAGCGCUCGCGAGAGACGGACGACGCUGGAACUACGGCCGCGCGUGGCCUCAGCUGUGGAUUUCUCGACGUUUUCAUCGCGGGAUCCUCGCCCUCCGACGUUCCAGCGAGCACGGACGUACGUGUGGCCGACGUGUGCUUCAGGAUCCCGAUAUGCAGAACUUCGAGGACGAGGACGACACGCACUUCUGCAACAAGUGCCACACGACGAUCAACGGCCUGGAGAACUAUGUCCGUCACCGACAGUCCGGUUGCCGCACCUGCACCGAGGGGGACAAGCCCGUGUCCGUGUACCACAGCCCCGUGUCGACGCCCAACGUCCGCUACCCCGAGAUCCUCAACGCGGACGCCUUCUUCAGCUCGCUGGAGCUGCAGUCGAGUGCCAAGCCGCAGCCGCAACGCCCUACCGACCUCCUGGACACCAAACUCCGGAGGUCCGGUCGGAACGAGGAGCGCAAGAGGAAGCGCAUGCGCAAGGACAAGAGCCCAGACGAGAAGCCGGAGGAGAGCAAGCCCAACCUCAUGCCGGUCGUUACCGAUCUCGACGACCUCGGCAUACCGUCCCUCGUCGGCUUCCCCGAGAUCGUCAGCACGGCCAGCAAGCAGGCCAGCAGCGCCGUUCCCAGCGGCAAACUCGCCGGCAGCUCGGGAGUGGCUGCGGGAGGAGGCGCCAAGGCCGAGAGAAGCGCUACCGAUCGGAAGCGCGCCGACUGGCUCGAGGACACGAUACUCACCGAUCUCGCGGAGACCAAGGAGGAGCUGCGCAACCUGGACAGCUACGCCGAGUACGACUACGCGCAGCAUGACGAGGACUCGGACGACGAGAGCCUCGACGUGGACAUGGUCGAGGAGGAGUUCUACUCCGAAUCCGACGACCCCGAGCACGACCAGGAGUAUCCCCCGCGGAGUCACACGGGGGGCAAGUGGAGACCCGAGGGCAUCUCCUCGCAGGAGGAGGCAGCGACUGCGCAGCAGCAGCAGGUCAACGAGGACGAGGCGGAAGCGGACGAACCGGCGCAUCCGCCGCCCACUCACACCGGGGGCAAGUGGAAGCCCAGCUACGUCCAGCCAAAGUACGAGUACGAGAGCAGCAAAGACGCGCAGCAGCCACCGCCGGGUCACACGCGCGGCAAAUGGGUUCCGGGAGCCGGGGCCGAUAUCGGCGCGGGAUAUUGGUGCAGUCCCUGCGGUCGGAAACUGGCCUCCCGGCUGGUUUACAACCGGCACCUGCGCUCCGAUCUGCACGCCAGAAGAAGCAUGCAGGAAAUCGACGGAGCCGUGCAGCCGCGGGGCGUCGCGCUCCCGCUCCCCCGCCGCCAGCAGCAGCUCAGCCAGCGGCAGAAAGUCCUGGCCACGAUGAAAGGCGAAUCGUCGCCGGCCACGUGCGAGGCGGACUGCGGCAAGAGGAGCAGCAGGAAGAGGCAGCGGCCCCGCGAGGAACGAGGCCAGAAGAAGCAGAAGCGGCGACGGGAGAAAGAGCUGCUCUCGUGCGAGAUCUGCCGGGCUCGCGUGCGCCGCGCGCAGAUGGGCAAACACCUUCUCUCGCACUAUCACUGCCGCGUCGCAGGUGCCAUGCCGAGCGGCUGCACGCAGGCCGCUCGCCGCUUCCUCCUGGAGAACAUGGCGAACAUCGUGCGCCAGUGUCCCUUCCAGUGCGGCCCGUGUCGCUUUUAUUGCAACACCGGCGACACCUUCCUGCGGCACUGGAGAUCCGACGCGCACCGGAACGCGGUGUCUAAGAUAGCGGGCAGCUUCGUGUGCGCCCUCUGCGACUUCUGCUGCGAUGAUAAUGAGAGCGUCGAGGCGCAUAUAAUGAAGCAAGGCCAUCAAGAUGUGGUCUCCAUGAUAAAUGGCUCCGUACCGAUAGUCAUUCGUCGCCAGCGCGUGCUCACGUGCCCAACCUGUUGCCGCCGCUUUAGGUACAACAUACAGCUCCGCUUCCACGCCAAGGAGACGGGCCACGAGAUCUGUCAGUCCGCCUCGGACGAGUACCAGCGUCGGCUGAGCUGCGGCCUCUGCGGCCAGAUCGUCCGCUCGCUGAUAGCGCUGCAGCGUCACCAGCUCUCGUGUCACAAGGCCGUCGCGCUGAAGAGCGAGCAGGUCAAGUCCGACGACGAGGCCGAAACGACGCCCUACUUCUGCUCGUUCUGCUCGGUGUCCUUCAAGACGGCCCACGACGCGGUCCUCCACAGACGGACCUCGAGCCACAAGGAGACCGUCAGGAGCAAGAGGUCCGGCGACGGCCAGGAGACGAGGCGGGCCUGUCCCCACUGCGAGGUCAAGCGGGAGAACCUGGCGGAGCACAGGAAGCAUCUGCUGGAGGAGCAUUCGGAAUUGUGCCACAGGUGCGCCAAGUGCGGAGAGCGGUUCGCCCUGUCGCAGGACGUGACGAGGCACACGCGCGAGAAUCGAUGCUGUUCCCAGGAAGAAAAGCCGUCCAGCUCUGCAGUAAAAGCAGAACAAUGGAGCUGCGACGUCUGUACGUUUGCGAGCGACUCGGGGGCAGAAUUUCUGUUCCACAAGAUCCUCCACGACGGCCCGGUAGAGCGCGAAGAAGCGGCCAAGUCGACGCAGCCGUGCUACGUGUGUCCGCUCUGCGAGAGGACGUUCCGGAAGUGCGCGCUCAGGGACCACCUGCGGAAGCACACCGGCGAGAGGCCCUUCCCCUGCGGCAAGUGCUCGGCCACCUUCGCCAGGAGGUCCGAUCGGAAGCUGCACCAGAAGAACUGCCAGGGCGCCGAGGGGCCGGUCAUUCGAGCCAAGGAGAGGAAGUACAUCUGCAACGAGUGCGACGGCGCGUUCUACACCAAGCACAUUCUGCGACAGCACAUGACGCGACACGCCGGGAAGCAGUACAAGUGCGGGCUGCCCGGCUGCCCGACGAUCCUGCGCACCGAGACCGAGCUCAAGCAUCACCGGAGGCUCGUCCACGACAGCGGCAGCGAUCAACGACGUGAGUUCCAGUGCGGCGACUGCUCCUACGCCGCCAAAACCAAGGUCCAGCUCGUGAGGCACAGGAAGCGACACGAGCUAUCGGACGACGAGAACAGCGGACAGUCGCUCAAGUGUCAGUACAGCGGUUGCAACUUCACGACGAGGAUCAGCUCGCACCUGAAGCGACACGUCCGCCUGCACACCGGCAAGAAGCCGUACAAGUGCCGUCACUGCCCCUACGCGAGCAACAAUCUGGAAAAUCUGCGAAAACACGUUCUAUCGACGAACCUGCAUCCAGGCAAAAUGAUAUAUCAGUGCGAAUCCUGUGGAGCUUAUCAGACCAACUUCUCGAAGGAACUUCGGGCGCACUUGCUUCACUCCCAUCCCGACGAGUAUCCGACUCCGAGCGACGCGAGCAAUUACAUCGCUACCAUUUUCGACGAGGCCAGCGGCGCGGAUUUCUAGCUCUGCGACGUGAUAAACCAACCUCUCCUCGCAUCGUCAACGCCAACUGUCGCAUCAGCGAGUUUUCGCAAAUCGCGCGUCCUUGACACAUCGACCCAUCCGACACCGUGUGAUGCAUUAAGACGCUCGCCAAAAGUACUCGGUUACAACUUACUUAGGUACUUGCCUUGUGUAAUACCGCAAGGCACUGGGUCAUCUUAUAUCGCACACCGAAGAGACAAGGGAAAGAAGCCCAGGCAGCAGCUGCUCGAGGAAGAUGCCAAGCAGCCCCUUCGCCGCCACUGCCUGUACGCGAGACCUCCGCUGCCGGGAGCGAUGACUCUGAGCGACGUCGUCGUGGGCUAUGCGUGUCCCUGAAAGGAAGCCAACACGAUGAGUCGUCGAGUGACUGCUGCUUUUUCAAGCUCCAGGAACACGGUACUCGAGUAGCCAGCAGGAGAACGAAGCCUGUACCUGCUUUGCAUCGACAGAUUCAAA